GAAGCUACAACUUAUUAAGGAGGAGUGGCUAAGCUACAGAUCUUUAAGUUAACGUUUAUAUCAUCUGUCUACCGCGUGUAUUUCUCAUUAUUUAAGCCGGCUCGCUAACACCAUCAGACUAAGCAUCGUUUGUGAAGAAAAGGAAAGUCUAGAAAAGAUUCAGCGGAUGUCUUAUCGCUUCGUUCCCUGCCUUUGUACAUACGUAGAAAUAUAAAGCCUUGUAGAGAGUGCCUCGUGGAUUGUAAUGCAUUGAAGUAAAGGGGAAAAGAAAGCGAGCGGGAUUAUAUGAAAGAAUAACGGGAACAUAGAAUAAAAGGCAAAAGAAACAACAGGAUAAGCGUUUGGAUACGUUUCUGUUUUCUGCUUAAUGUAAUUGAAUAUUUCUUGAAUUGUGUUUAUGUGAAUUCCAGUUCCUAAUGUGAGAUGAAAUACGGUGAUAUAUAUUGGAAUACUACCUUUGCUGAGAUUUGUGUAAAAACAAAAUAAUAAUAAUACAAAAUAAAAAAAAAAAAGUAUCUCGAGAAAGGACAGAAAAACAAUGUGAAAUUUACAAUAACCAAGGAAAUGUCUUUUUGUCAAAGUGAACCCCUAUUACCAAUUGACAAAAAUAGUCUUGCACUGAAGAUUUUUCGUUCCUUCUUGAGUGUGACUGCAGUUGGACCUUCUCUUGUGAACAACAAUGGAAGGCCCCGUGAGGAUGUCCGACAUGCUAGCCAACUCGCAGCCACAUAAUAACUACAACACACUAAACAACGAGGAGAAUUCAGGAUCGCCCAAUGAAAGCGGCUUCAUGGUUAACAAACGUGCUAUGUACGAGCCUGGGGCCGUGAUGGUGUGCUCCCAGAAACGGGCUUGCUGCGUCGUCACCCUCGGGUUCGUUGCCAUCAUCGCUGUCGCCCUCAUUGUAGCCUUCACUAAGCCAGGAUGCCCAGAGGCUACUUACACAGGAGAGCCACUACCAGGCCAAAGCAUCCGGCCAACAAGCUCUCCCCCUACAACACCUCCUACUGCCACCAAUGGAGAGCUGUUCCCCUGGACGAGUGUUCGAUUACCCACACACGUUAGACCCUUACACUAUGACCUUAGUCUCCAUCCUAAUUUAACUAGUAGAUAUGUCAAAGGUGAAUUAACCAUCAAGUUAACUGCAAUAGAAGAGACACAACAGAUAGUCAUCCAUGGCCAUGAACUGAAUGUAACAUCAUAUAAGCUCCACAACAAAUAUGAAAAGCCAAUUGGUAUCAGCAAGUUCCUCGAGUACCCCGCCCACCAACAGCUAUAUCUCAAGCUAGAUGAGAUUUUACGUCGAGGAAGCAACUACACACUGAGGCUAAGUUAUGAAUUCACGCUGAAGGAGGGCCUCGAAGGAUUUUACCUGUCAUCCUACAAAACAGCGAGUGGAGAGAAGAGGUAUAUCGCUACCACCCACUUUGAACCCACGGCAGCACGUGCAGCCUUCCCCUGCUUCGACGAGCCACAGUUGAAAGCCAAGUUCCACCUGGGUAUUUACCGAGAACCGCACCAAUUUACCCUUUUCAACAUGCCGCUGCAGACGUCGGUCAAAGCAGAGGAUUCAGAUUUGAUCCAUGACCAAUUCCAAGAGAGUGUGGAAAUGAGCACAUACCUAGUAGCCUUUGUAGUGUGCGAUUACGACCACGUGACCAACAAAACAAGCAACAAUGUUAGUGUCUCAGUCUAUGCUCCUCCUAUGAUGAUAAGCCAAGCCAGCUAUGCUCUGCGAAUGGCCCCGCAGAUUCUUGACUUCUAUGAGACUUUCUUUGGGGUUCCGUAUCCUCUCCCUAAACAAGACUUGAUUGCAAUCCCUGACUUUGGAGCUGGUGCUAUGGAGAACUGGGGGCUGAUCACUUAUCGUGAAACUGCACUUAUGUUUGACCCCAAUCACACAUCAUCUCGAGCUCAGCAGAGAGUUACUGUUGUAAUUGCCCACGAGCUCGCCCACCAAUGGUUUGGUAAUCUGGUAACAAUGGCAUGGUGGAGCGACUUAUGGCUUAAUGAGGGUUUUGCAAGCUUCAUGGAAAACCUGGGAACAGGUGUUGCUGAGCCAGGUUGGGCCAUGCAGGAGCAGUUUAUUGUGGAGAAGAUGCAGCCAGCCCUUUCCCUAGAUGCACUUCUGGCCUCCCACCCAAUCUCAACCCCUGUGGCCGACCCUGCACAGAUUGAAUCCAUAUUUGACACAAUUUCCUAUAAAAAGGGUGCAUCAAUUAUUGGCAUGCUUGAGUCCUUCAUAGGGCAGGACAUGCUGAAGGCAGGAUUGAGGCUCUACCUCGAGGCCCACAGGUACGGUAAUGCGGCAACAGAUGACUUGUGGGAAGCCUUGACUAGGGUACUCAAGAAAUCCGGCCAUUAUCUCGAUAUUAAGGGAAUCAUGGACACAUGGACCCUCCAAGCUGGGUUCCCGCUCAUCAGUGUCAGCCUGGAGGAUGGGCUCGUGACGGCAGGCCAAGCACGAUUCCUAGUGUGUGAGGAGAAUGUGACUGACCCCAAUGAACCCCUCAACUCCACACUAGGAUACAAGUGGCAUGUUCCCUUAACCUACGUGACCAGUGCCAACCCUAAGAAUGAGACAAUGCACUGGAUGAACUUGACGGACGUGGAAUUCGAAGUGGGAAAGGAGAUCAAAUGGAUCAAGUUCAAUGUUGGGCAACGAGGCUUCUAUCGGGUCACCUACGACGAAGGGGGUUGGGAUGCCCUCAUCCAUGUGCUGCAGACAGAGCCCCAUACACUUUCCCCGGCCGACAGGGCUUCUCUGCUUGACGAUGCCUUCACGCUGGUCAAGGCCGGCACCAUCAACGCAACAGUGGCAUUGAACCUGAGCCUCUACCUUAAGCGGGAGAGCCUGUACAUCCCUUGGCACACUGCCCUGAAUCACCUCUUCAGCUGGGUACAACUGCUCUUCAACUACCCUGCGCACACUCUCAUGCUCGAGUAUAUCCACAUCCUUAUAUUGCCUCACUAUGAAAGAGUUGGAUGGAUGGACACAGGCACGCACAUUGAAAGGCUUUUGCGAUCUGAGAUUCUCAUGGCGGCCGUGGAAUGUGGAAAUAUACACGCCAUUGAGGAAGCCCAGAAAAGAUUUGCUGCCUGGCGAAACAAGAAUGAGUCAAUUCCACCCAAUCUCCGCUCUGUUGUCUACAAAACAGGAGUCAGAUAUGGCACCGAGGAAGACUGGAGGCACUGUUGGCAAGUGUACAAUACGUCCUCAAUCCCCAGCGAGAAGAGCCUGAUGCUGAAGGCCAUGGCACAGACUCGUGACCCCUGGCUUAUGCAGCAAUACCUCGAGUACACUCUUGAUGGCUCCAAGAUCAGGCCACAGGACGUGAUGAUUGUCCUGAGGGAGGUGAGCCAAAACCCUGGUGGAAGGCUCUCAGCCUGGAGGAUGGUACGUCAGCACUGGACACAGAUUUCACAGCUCUUCGGCCAUGGCUCCUUCACCAUUGGGGCAAUUAUUAAGGCUGUCACUUCUCCCUUCACUUCAGCUUUUGACUUGGGCGAGGUUGAGUCAUUCUUCAGCAAUGUAGAUGUGGGUCCUGGGGAGCGUGCACUUGCCCAGGCACUUGAGACCAUCAGACUGCACAUUCAGUGGCAUGAGCACAACCUGGAUGACGUGACACAGUGGCUUCACCAACAGCUGUCCAAGCCAGAAGGGAGAGAUGAAUAGGGUUAGACUUAGCCCUCAUAGAGGAUGGGUCUUUUAUAUAUAUAUAUAUA